GCUGAAAGGGCAACAGAAAAACUAGCAGUUAUGACCUUUCCUAGAAGAGUCAGAGCAAUUAAGGAGGCAAUGCAACGGUGUGUUGACGGAAAGUGGGAUAUGUCUGACUGCCUGGAUCCAAGGACUUAUGAGCAGGAACCCAGGCAGAACACUCAGUCUGGUUGUGAUUGACAUAGAGAAGUACUUCAGAAGCCAGAAUUCAAAAUGUCAGAAGAAAUACCGUGAAGCAGUGCUGGGCGAGGAGAAGAAUGUGGGACUUCAGGGAGGGCAGAAAAAGAGAAGAAAGAAAGAUGAUAUCAAUCAGCUUCCUGAGGUCUCGCGAGUGCAGGUGGAGGAGGCUUUGGUAGACCUGCAGCUGCAAACUGGGGUGCAGGUUCGCUUCCUCUCUACCUGGAAAGACUUCACUGAUUAUAUUACCAUGUUAACCAAAGCAGUAGCCGAGGCACCGUUCAAGCGGGAGCGAGAGAAGACGGGAUUCACGUUUUGUUUGGAGAGUGAGUGGGCAGGGGGUCAGAAGGUGGACCGCUCAGGGAACGGCCUUCUGCAAGUUUGGAAGAGACAAAUACAACAGUUGAACCGCGUCAGCCCUGAUAUGGCCAGUGCUAUACUUAGUGCCUACCCCUCUCCUCGGCUUCUUGCUCAGGCAUAUGCACGGUGCAAAUCGGAACAUGAAAAAGUCGGUCUGCUGGCAGACAUACUAAUUCGCCGCGGAGAGGGUGUGACAUCUACAACCCGCAGAGUUGGUCCGGAGCUUUCCAAACGGCUGUUUCUUUUGAUGACGUCACGUGAUGCCCAGCAGCCCCUUGAUUCUGCUGUAUAAGUUCUUCUGUCUCCUUGUACACAUGAGGACAGAUGUCAAAAGCAUUAUGUUAUAGAUAUUUAUUACAGUUCAGAUAUUUUAUAAACUUCAAGCCUGAAUUUGUCAGAUUUUCAAAGUUAUAUUUUUGUCUGUUUGUACUAUAAAUUGUUGCCAUUAAAUUCUUCUUAAAGU